ACAGAGUGACCCUGUCUCAAAAAAGAAAAAAAUGUUGAAUGAUGAGCAGGAAUGACCCUGGGCUAAUUAAUCAUUCAAUUAUUUGGCUUUAGGUGAAAGACUAAGAGCUAAGCAGGAGGAAGGAUGUUGAGGCGGACCUUAGGCAGUGCGCUAGCUGCGGUGUGAUGCGAUUACACCUCAUGUCAGUAGAAAUGGACAGCAGCAGUUUUAUUCAGUUUGAUGUGCCCGAGUACAGCAGCACCGUUCUGAGCCAACUAAAUGAACUCCGCCUACAGGGGAAAUUAUGCGACAUCAUUGUCCACAUUCAGGGUCAACCAUUCCGAGCCCACAAAGCAGUCCUUGCCGCCAGCUCCCCUUACUUCCGGGACCAUUCGGCAUUAAGUACCAUGAGUGGCUUGUCCAUAUCAGUGAUUAAGAACCCUAGUGUGUUUGAGCAGUUGCUUUCCUUUUGUUACACUGGAAGGAUGUCCCUACAGCUGAAGGAUGUUGUCAGCUUUCUGACAGCAGCUAGCUUUCUUCAGAUGCAGUGUGUCAUCGACAAGUGCACGCAGAUCCUGGAGAGCAUCCAUUCGAAGAUCAGUGUUGGAGACGUUGACUCUGUCACCGUAGGUGCUGAAGAGAACCCUGAGAGCCGGAACGGAGUGAAAGAUGGCAGCUUCUUCGCCAAUCCCAUUGAAAUCUCCCCUCCAUACUGCCCUCAGGUGCGGCAGCCCACCGCCAGCGGUGAUCUCCGAAUGGAAACAACCCCCAGCAAAGCUUUGCGGAGCCGCUUGCAGGAGGAGGGGCACUCGGAUCGGGGGAGCAGCGGGAGCGUGUCCGAGUAUGAGAUUCAGAUCGAGGGGGACCACGAGCAAGGGGACCUGUUGGUGAGGGAGAGCCAGAUUGCCGAAGUGAAAGUGAAGAUGGAGAAGGCCGACCGGCCCAGCUGUUCUGACAGCUCCUCUCUAGGUGACGACGGGUACCACACAGAAAUGGUUGAUGGGGAACAGGUUGUGGCCGUGAACGUGGGUUCCUAUGGCUCUGUGCUCCAGCACACCUAUUCCUACUCCCAGGCAGCCUCCCAGCCAUCCAGCGUUUCAGAAGCUUUCGGAAGCCUGAGUAAUUCCAGCCCAUCCAGGUCUAUGCUGAGCUGUUUCCGAGGAGGGCGUGCCCGCCAGAAACGGUCUCUGUCUGUUCACCUGCACAGUGACCUGCAAAGCAUGGUGCAGGGGUCGGACAGCGAAGCUGUGAUGAGCAACCCUGGGUAUGAGAGCAGUCCUCGGGAGAGGAGUGCAAGAGGCCACUGGUACCCAUACAAUGAGAGGCUGAUCUGUAUUUACUGUGGGAAGUCCUUCAACCAGAAGGGAAGUUUGGACAGGCACAUGCGACUCCAUAUGGGGAUCACCCCCUUUGUGUGCAAGUUCUGUGGGAAGAAGUACACGCGCAAAGACCAGCUGGAAUACCACAUCCGGGGCCACACCGAUGACAAACCGUUCCGCUGCGAGAUAUGUGGAAAGUGCUUUCCAUUCCAGGGUACCCUCAACCAGCACCUGCGGAAAAACCACCCAGGUGUCGCCGAGGUCAGGAGUCGCAUAGAGUCCCCCGAGAGAACAGAUGUGUACGUGGAACAGAAACUAGAAAAUGACGCAUCGGCCUCAGAGAUGGCCCUAGAUUCCCGCAUGGAAAUUCACACAGUGUCUGAUGCUCCUGAUUAAGGUGGUAGAGAAGUGCGCCCAAACAAAGCACAUUAAUCAAUGCGUAUUUGUGAUUUGCUUUGUUGUAGUCUUUGGUUUUCCCAACCAUCUGGAAAUCUCUUGGUUUCUUGGCAGUUUUUCUCCAGUUUCCGGGUGAAACACUUCGUUGUGUUUAUCCUUUCCCCCGCCCUUUCUCCCCCAAGGAGCUCAAAGCAUGAAGGGCAACGUAUCCAGGGAAAACACAGGCUGACAGUAUUCCUCUUUGGCUGAACUCUUAUCCCAGAUCUGCCAGUGAUUUAGCUAUGCCAACUGGUUGACCCUACGUUAUCUGCCAAGAGGCGUAAUCUCUCACCACAGGCGCUGGCUUCAGCCUGUGUCCGAGAGAGACUAGGAUGCCGUCAGCUGAUACAAAUGGGUAACCUUUUCUAAUUUAAAAUGACUUUUAGGGGGUAAACAAUUUAUAUAUAUAUAUAAUAAAAUGGUUAUUAUAUAUAUAGUAUAUAUACAUUCUCAAAAUUGAGUUUAUUCUGGUUGAGGUGAAUGUAAGAAGAAUAUAUAAUUUAAUACAAUGUGAGCAGAACUUUGGCCUCUGUCUCACCCCUACCUACUCUGUUAGUUUUGCCCCUUUAUUUCCCUUGCAGAAGAAUGUCAGUGGGUUUUCCUCUGUAUUAAUCAUCGUGUCCACACGCAAGCAAAGCAAAUCACAGUGUUCAUAGCUCUGCUUCAUAACAAACAAACCAAAUGCCAUCAAAUUUCUUCAACUGUAGUUGGAAACCAUUUGGAAUUUUUGUUCGUUGUCCAGUAGGCACACUGGACAGCCUGUGGUGCUGACCUUUUUACAUAGUGUAGUGUUAUAUUAGCCAACCCCAAAGGAGCAGUGGUUUUCAAGGUUUUUACUGGCCUACAAAUCUACCUUCAUUCCGUACUGUAGAAACAUGCAUACCAGGUUACUAGAUCAAAUCGCUCUGCCAUGAGUUAGUGCUCGCACUAAAGGAAAGGACUUUCUAGUUCUGUCUACAAAUUUCUCCAAGCAGUGUUGUGAUUUUUGUUGUUGUUCAGUUUUGGUUUGUUUUUGUUUUUUUUUUUCCUUUUUCUCUCUCUUUUCAAACAGCCAGUUCAGGUGCACAACAACUUUUUCUACAUGGCAGUUCCCAGGGAAACUGCAGAACUUGGAAUUUGUACUUUUUGUAAAUCUAUACUGUACGGGAAUUGCAAGCAAUAUAUCGAUCUUCGUAUGUCGUGUGCUAAUGAGAGCCGCUGUGGCUCCCCAUUCUCAGUGUUUCCUGCUUGAAGAAACCAACAGUGAAAAGCCCUCUAAGAUACUCUGUGUCACCAAAUCUGUGUGUGUGUGUGUCUCACCAUUUUUGGUCACUUGGUGCUAGUUUUAUGUUAAGUAUCUUUUGGGUCAGUGUAGUUACAGAAAAUGUGAAACCUAGUGCUAAUAAUGAGUUACAGUUAUUUUUCUCUCAAGUUCCUAUCUUGAAAAGAGACCUCAAAAGCAUGUGCUGGCAAACAGUUGCUGUCUAAAGACACCCGAGUCCUGUUUGGAUGGUGUUCGGUCAGUUCAGCUUGUUCUUCCACUCACACACAGGCUCCACUGGGUCACUGUGGCCUGUAGGCUCUGGCAGAGCGCAGCUUUGGAGGCGGCCUGGUGGCCAGCCUCCCUCCAGUCUCUGCCCACACUCAGAGUCAACGCCGUGGGAGAACAAUGCAGCCACCUAAGCAAAUAGACACCCAGAAGUCACAGGCUGACCUCGGGCUAGGACAUGGGAGUACAGAAACAGCUGCUUGCUGGUUUUCCAUGCUUUUUUAGCACGUAAAAUACUAAGAAUGGUAGGUUUGGGGGAGUUUUUGUUAUUUUGAUUUUCAUUUGAGAAAAAAUGUCAUUCCAGCUCUUCGUGUAUAGUAGCCCAAGGUGGUGGCUUGCGCAGCGGCGCCUCGUUAGCACACAGGCCCUGUUCAGUGUGAACUGCUCGCUGCACCAGUGUCAACUCGUGUAGAAUUCACUCUAACCCGCUGCUCCCGAGGAGCAGCUCUUGCUAAUCGGGUACAUAGUAUGCCUUUUCCUCGUCAGACUGCCUAAGUCCGGGUUUGCUCUCCCUGAAGCACAGACUCGACUCCUGAUAAAGUCGCGUGCCUCACGGGGAGGCUGGACCCCAAGUGUUUACCCACUUAAGUAUGUUCUGGGGUUUCAGGUAAAUGUUUGUAGUUUUUCUUUUUCUUACACGAAUAAGUUUUGUUUUUAAUUUUUCUUUUUGAGAACUAAAUGCAAAAAAAAAAAAAAA